AUGAAUUAAUCCACCUGUUCUCUUCACGACUAAGAAGAAGAAAAGUACAUUUGUGUCCACCCGACUUGUCUCAAAAAGGUUGAUAACAAAUUAUGUUGUAUUUAAUGCAACCUUGCCAAACAUAAUAAAUGGCAAUUGAAUGACCAUCAAUUUAUGAACAUAUCAGAACUUGAAAAAAUAGCUCUUUAAAAUUACUCAAAGUUAAAAGAGCAUCUGGAUAACGAAAUUGAGAAGAAUACAUAAUUACGUACAAAAACAGAGGAAAGAUUAUCAGAUGUUUUACUUUCUCUUAGUACAUGGUAAAAUAAUCAAAAAAAAAUGUUCAAUGAUAUAACUGAAAACUCCAGCUAGGUCUUAGCUGAAAAUAUAAGAAAGGCUCAAAGCCUUAUGAAAAGCCCAUCAUUAGAUACAUAUAUUUAUUUUUAUAAAUUAAAUUUAUUAAAAAAACAGAAUGAGAUUUAUGAUAUUAGGGAAUAAUCAAUUAGAUAGCUAGAAUAUUAGUUAAAUUAAAUUGAAAUGAAGAGAGAUAUAUUGAUAAAUUAAAUAAAUUUCAUUUAAAGAGAAUACUUUUUAAGUUUUGCUUAAAUGGAUUACUAAAUAGAAUUAGAUAAUUUAAAUAACUAUUAAUUUGAAUAGUGUGAAAAACAUUUAUGUUAAAAGGAAGUAUUAUGUACCCAUCCAAAUUGUUUAUAGAAUAAUCCAUUAUAAUUAUAGUGCUCGCUAUGUUUUCCACAAGUUCAUAAAGAACAUCAAUAAUAAGAUUAUAUCAAAACUAUUGCUAUAGUAAUGAAAGAAUAAGAAGAAAAAAAGGAAAUAAUUGAAGAAUUAAAGAAGAAAUUUAGCUAGAAUAUUAAAAAAUCAAUUGAUAUGAAUUUAUUAAAAAUUAAUGAAAGUUAAUAAAAUUAGUAUCAGCAUAAUGAAAAAUAAAAAGAAAAAGCAGUAUUCUUAGAAUAACAAUAAUUAAGUGAAUUUUUAAAUCCUGAAAUUCCCAACUAUAUUUUUGGUCAUCUUGAUUAAAAGCUUCUUAGAAAAACUAAAGAAUAAAUUAAUUUAUAUUAUUAAUAGCUUUAUUACACCUAUGAAAGUAAAUUUUCAAAUAUUUUUUCAAAUUAAUUCAAUCAGGAUCUUGAGUUUUGCACUUAAUUAGACUUCAAUUCAAAACAAUUUUUUUAAUAUAUUAUUAAUUUAGAAUAUGAACUUGAACUUCGCUAACUAAAACUUGAGGAUUUAUAAAGGACAAUUCAAUCUUACACAUUAAACCAUUAAUAAAUUGAAUAAUUAUUACACACACACAAUGAUUCAAUUAAAAAUUUUCACUCAAAAAUGGAAAAAGAAAUUGUGAAAUUGUAAUCCCAAAAAAAGACCUUUAUUUAUCUUAUAAUAUUCUUUAUCCUUUUUUGA